CGUGUCAUUCGGCCGCCGGGGCGCCGGCGCUGGGCAGCACGGAGCGGCUUCUGAAUGGAGACUCGCGGGCUGCCCGAGAGUGGGCGGCUGGGCAGGGGCGGAAAGCGUUCAGCGCCGGGCAGAGAAAGUUGGAAGUCGUCUUUUUAACCUGUCUUUGCGAGGCCCGGGAGGAGACGCGCCUAGCCGGGUCCUUGGCGGCAAAACCGGUUUGCAUCCCGGCGCCUUACAGCCCGUGCUCUGGGGACUGGAUGGCGAGCUGGCCGGCGCCUGCUACCGCCCAGCUUUAGCCAGAAGCUGGGAUCUUCCCGCAGCAGUUCGUGUUCCCUGGUGGAAAAUGCAGCCUCAUCUACUGACUCUCAACUCCAAAAAAAAGUUAAUUUCCCCAAGGAUCGAGAAGAAUGGGCGGUUGGCGCUGUUGUUCCUCAGUCGCACCCUGGUGUAAUUUGAGAGAGGGGUCAAAGGCGCUGAAAAGAUUCUUUUUUCUAUUCCAAGUGCUACAGCAAGCUCAUAAAUCCAUUUUAAUUCAUGCCCAACAGUCUUGCCUCCUCCAAGCCCUGUGUCUUCUCCGAGCCAGAGCUACACACAAUGUGAAUUAGUUGCCUACUCCUUCUGAGUAAAUCUGGAUAUGUGGUGCCUGUCAUAAGCUCCAGAGAGCUGCCUUCCACGGAAACCAGCAGAAGAGUGGGCAAAUAUGAAGUCCAAUCCCGCUAUCCAGGCUGCCAUUGACCUCACAGCGGGGGCUGCAGGAGCUCUUUCAGGGUGGGAUUUAGGUGCCAGGCACAUUAAGGACCUGCUAUACGUUGUUUACUGGACAUGCUGGAAGGUUUUGGAGGAAAAGAGGUUGAAAAGAACUGAAGCAGAGUCUUCUGUCCUGAUUCCAGGGGGCACAGCAUGUGUACUGACUGGGCAGCCCUUCGACACAAUGAAAGUAAAGAUGCAGACGUUCCCUGAGCUGUACCGAGGCCUUACCGACUGCUGCCUGAAGACUUACUCCCAGGUGGGCUUCCGCGGCUUCUACAAGGGGACCAGCCCAGCACUCAUCGCCAACAUUGCCGAGAACUCCGUCCUCUUCAUGUGCUACGGCUUCUGCCAGCAGGUGGUACGGAAAGUGGCUGGAUUGGAUAAGCAGGCAAAGCUGAGUGAUCUGCAGAACGCAGCUGCUGGUUCCUUUGCCUCUGCCUUUGCUGCACUGGUGCUCUGCCCCACAGAGCUCGUGAAGUGCCGGCUGCAGACCAUGUAUGAGAUGGAGACAUCAGGAAAGAUAGCCAAAAGCCAGAAUACCGUGUGGUCUGUCAUCAAGAGUAUCCUUAGGAAGGAUGGCCCCUUGGGCUUCUACCAUGGACUCUCAAGCACUUUACUUCGAGAAGUACCGGGCUAUUUCUUCUUCUUCGGUGGCUAUGAACUGAGCCGGUCAUUUUUUGCAUCAGGGAGAUCAAAAGAUGAACUAGGCCCUGUGCCUUUGAUGUUAAGUGGUGGAGUUGGUGGGAUUUGCCUCUGGCUUGCGGUAUACCCAGUGGAUUGUAUCAAAUCCAGAAUUCAAGUUCUUUCCAUGUCUGGAAAACAGGCAGGAUUUAUCGGAACCUUUAUAAAUGUUGUGAAGAACGAAGGAAUAAUGGCCUUAUAUUCCGGACUAAAGCCUACUAUGAUUCGAGCAUUCCCUGCUAAUGGAGCACUCUUUUUGGCCUAUGAAUAUAGCAGGAAGUUGAUGAUGAGCCAGUUGGAAGCAUACUGAAGUGUCCUGGUGGGGCUGAGCCAAGCACAGGUGUCCGAGGACUACAGUUCAUCUCAGGGUUUCCUGGAGUACAAGAUGAGCAUGAAGUUAUUCUGAUUUCUUGAGAAUUUUGCUUUUUGUCUUCCCUUCUACCCUACAUCUUAAACUUUACGGAAGAACCUCUAUUUUGCAUCAUACCGUUUCUGCCAAAAAUUGUACUGAAAUAGAAAAGUCACUGCUCUUGCCCUUGGUAAAAUAUAGAGUGGUCAGUAACCUUAUACACCUAAUUCAAAAGGCCGAAUAUAGUUCUGUCAGGGCUUUUAUGUAAACCUCUACUUAUAUAUGCAAUUUGGACAGUUAUGUGUUGAGGGAAAUACAGUUUGGUUCCAUGUUUAUUAUUUCAAAUAUUAUCAGAAAAACCCAGAGGUGAUAUUUCUCAUGAAGAUGCUUAUAAAUGGUUGUUUAACCCAUUCUA